AUGGACGAGGGCCCAAUCUUACACCAACGAUUCGGCAAAAGAACACCAACAUCGAAGACUACCGAGUCAAUCGACGAACAAAUCCUCCCCUCUCUAGUAGCCCAAUCAAUGGGCAAGCAACAGCCCGUCAUCUUCGGUUCUUUCGUAAUCACGGCAUUCAAACGAUGGUUCGGCCUGAACAAAUAUCGCGUCCACGUCCCAUGGACAACAUACGUCGCAGGAAAGCUAGGGCAAAGUCCAGCCUUCGACGCAUCGGUCUAUAGUCUCAACGCGAUCUUCAUGGGCCACGCACAUACCGAUACCAAUUUACAACGCUCCAGUCGGGAGAUGUACAGCAAGGCACUGCGACUGUUCGGCAAAAGAAUCCACGACCCGAAUCAAAUGAAGUCACGCGAAAGUGUCAGCAUAACCAUUCUCCUCAGUCUAUUCGAGACGUACUCGCGAACGGAUCCAGACUCUUGGGCUCGUCAUGCUGGUGGUACGGCUUUACUCAUGGCGCAUCGUGGUCCAAAUGCUCAUUUGACGGGGUUCGAUCGCUGCCUGUACCUGUCCUUCCGAAGCUUCAUUGUCGCCGAGGCUUUUGUGAAUGAUAAGCCGUGCAUCUUCGAAAGACCUGAGUGGCAGGCUCUUAUUGAUCAAGUGCGGAGUGAAGAUAUGGCCGAUCCACGCGUUGACGGACCGAUUGCACUCUUCAUUGAUCUACAAGACCGGAUAUUUAUGGAGGGUUCCAAGGUCCCGGGCUUACUUUUCCAGGCUCGCAGACUUCAUAUAGAGUCCGAUAGGGAACAAGCUUCUCAAUUCCUGGCAUUGCGGUCUCUGCAAUGUUGCCAGGCUCUUCGUAGGCUUUCUACGCAAUUACGGAUCGCGGCAGCGGCACAGAGCUCGCGGGCUGAUGUUGCUGGGGAUGGUGCCAAGGGGGCAUUCAUUGGACCUGUUCCUUCCACAUUUCCACAGGAAAUCGCCAAUAGUGUAUUGAAAGGGUCAGACAUCUGUCUGUAUAUUCUACAGAUGUUACUUGACUACCUUGCAUGCCUCGAGAAAGACAAGACAGGCCAUAUGACGCGCAAAUCCUUUCAAGGUGAUCGGGAAAUGUCGGAUCCCUUGCCAUUUCGGAUUGUGUCCAAGUUGAAAGCAGACAUGAAUCAUGAUAUCAUUCCCGCGAGUGAGUGGUGUGACAUGGCGGCUGCAUCAAUGGGACUCGAAGCGUUUGAGGUCCGUACUUGUGCUGUCGAAGACUCCGAUUUUACUCACUUUCGAGGCAACUUGAAGGAACGAGGCACGGCCUCAUCUAUACCGCGGUACUGA